CCCCACCACCACGUCACACCUGGAGGAUACCUGACGCUGGCCAUCGACCCUGUACGCAACUACUUGACGGUGUACGAGUACCUGGUCAACAACCACUGGAUCAUCUGGGACUACGAGACGGGUUUUGUCCAUUUAACAGGCAUCUGGAAGGCGUCUUCGUCACUCAAGGCCGACAUCGUCAAGCUCCUUGAGUCCACCCCCAAGCAGUACCAGCCAUAUAUCAAGCGCAUUCGAGGCGGCUUCCUCAAGAUCCAAGGUACCUGGUUGCCGUUCAACCUCUGUCGCGUGUUGGCACGCCGCUUCUGCUACUACAUCCGCUACGAGCUCAUUCCAAUCUUUGGC